AUGAAGGCUUUCCCUAUCUGUAUCGUGUUCCUGGGACUCAAAUGCUGCUGCUCAGCUGAGUACCAGAAGUACUAUUCCUUCCAUGCAAGCACAUGCUCAGAGGUGGUUCACAUGUGCAAGCAAAGCUCUUCCCUGCCACUCUGCCAUUCCCUGGUGUGCCCGGGUUCUGGCAUUCAGGAGCAGUCUCUUGGGAACAAGCCCAUCCAUUAUCCAACCGCCGCCGCCCCCCUUCGCAAGCAGCAAUCCCCCGACCCACCCCUCCGGCCGUCCACGGGGCCGCGUUGCACAAGGCGCGGCGCCCGACACGUGCGCGCGAACAAGCGGCGCCUUGUUGGGCCGGCCGGGCGGGCGGCCAAGCGCGACAGGCGAGCCCGCUCCGCCGGGGGGAUUCCCCGGCUGGUCCGGCCCGCCCCCUCGGCUCGGCUCGCCCAGCCAAAACCCCGCCGCCGGCAGCCGGAGCCCAGGCGCGGCGCGCGGAAAGCCCGGCGCGGGACCCUGCUGGCCGGCCCCGGCGGCUCCUUCUCGCUGGCCCGGAGCCCUCCGCCCGCCCCUCCGUCCGUGCCUGGCCUGGCCUGGCCCGCCCGUGGGGGCGGAGGGAGGCGGCCUCCCGCCAUGGCCAAGCUGGUGCCGCUGCUCCCGGCGGAGCGCAAGGGAGGCGAGCCCGUAAGUAGCCGGGCGGCGGCUCAAGUCCCCCCGGCUCCCGGAGCGCGGAGGGGGGCUCGGCACUCUGGGGACGGGGCGUCAGGGGAAACGCGCUUUGCACCUGCGCAGGAACCCGCCGCCCGGCUUUUGCCUGCGGGCCCCCCGCAAGGGAGCGAGGCUCCGCAGAGGCGCGCCCUCGGCUCCGGCGGGCCUGGGGGGCGGGGCGCCGGGCGCCGGAGCGGGGCACGACAGGACAGGACAGGACAGGACAGCAUUUCUGUAUUGAUUCCAUUUCAGGAUUGGUCGGCCAGCCUUAUUGUUGCUGCUUUGGCCGGGGCCUUUGGAUCCUCCUUUUUGUAUGGCUACAAUCUGUCGGUAGUAAAUGCACCAGCCAAGCAUAUCAAGAGCUUUUACAAUGAGACUUGGGAAAGAAGAUAUAACCAAUCUAUCACCGAGGACUCAGUGACCCUGCUGUGGACUAUAUCAGUUUCUAUUUUUGCCAUUGGUGGACUUAUUGGUGCUUUGAUUGUUACUCCAGCUGUCAAAUAUUUUGGUCGAAAACGUACACUCCUUCUAAAUAAUGUAUUUGCCAUUGUGGCUGCAUUUUUAAUGGCAUUUUCUCGACUGGCAGGAUCCCUCGAAAUGGUUAUUCUGGGACGAUUCGUAAUGGGCAUUGAUGGAGGUAUAUCUCUCAGUGCUCUCCCCAUGUAUUUGAGUGAAAUUUCACCCAAACAAAUCCGUGGAUCCUUAGGGCAAGUUACAGCCAUUCUCAUCUGUGUUGGUGUCUUUGCGGGACAAGUUUUGGGGCUACCUGAAAUAUUUGGGAAGGAGUUCUUCUGGCCUUUCUUGUUUGGGAUGAUCGUUGUUCCAUCAGCCGUUCAAGUUGUGAUCUUGCCUUUUCUUCCAGAAAGCCCUCGGUACCUGCUGCUUGAAAAGCAUGACACAAAAGCAGCAGAGAAAGCAUUUCAGACCUUCCGUGGGAAAUCUGAUGUGUCGUAUGAAAUCGAAGAAGUUUUGGAAGAGAGUCGGGUGCAGAGGAACAUCCAGGCGGCCUCGAUCAUUCAGCUUUUGCGUGACAGGAGCAAGCGCUGGCAGGUCCUGACUGUCGUCGUCACCAUGGCCUGCUACCAGCUCUGCGGCCUGAAUGCUAUUUGGUACUACACCAAUGACAUUUUCCUGGGAGCAGGGCUCAGUAAAGAGAUGAUCCCGUACGUCACCUUAAGCACAGGAGGGGUUGAGAUUCUGGCUGCUGUUUUCUCCGGCUUAGUGAUAGAACGGCUUGGGCGUAGACCUCUUCUCAUCGGGGGAUUUGGCUUGAUGAUUCUCUUCUUCAUAAUACUCACUGUGUGCAUGACUUUGCAGAAUCAAGCAGAAUGGCUCCGCUACCUCAGUAUAUUCUGCAUUCUUGCUAUAAUUGCAUCAUUUUGCAUCGGACCAGGUGGGAUCCCUUUCGUCCUGACGGGGGAGUUCUUUCCCCAGUCGCAAAGACCUGCUGCCUUUAUGAUUGCUGGGAUAAUCAACUGGCUCUCCAAUUUUGCAGUUGGACUUCUUUUCCCUUACAUUCAGAGUGGCCUGCAGACUUACUGCUUCUUGGUGUUUGCAGCCGUCUGUCUGGCUGGAGCCACCUUCCUCUUUUUCGUCCUUCCCGAAACAAAAAACAAAACGCUCCUUGAAAUCAAUCAAGCAUUUGCCAAAAAGAAGGCGUCUUCAGAAGUGCGUGAGAUGGACCAGUUCGCAGCCACAAGAAAAUCGAGUGGCGGACAAGAGCCUCCCUUCUCUUCUGCGCUGGACAAUGGGGAAACCAAAGCCAGAAUAUGUUAAACCCU